AUAGCUGGAUGGCGAUGCUGCUGCUUGUGGCCCAUUCACCGCCCCUGCCUUGAGAUGAAUGGCCUGCCCGUUGAUGGCAGCCAUGACGUCAUCCGGCAGAUUGUUGAGCACUGCAGCCAUGACGUCAUCCGGCAGAUUGUUGAGCACUGUCGCGUACUCGGGCAGCACCAGCUGGCGACGACGGCGGUCCUCCUCCGUGGCUGUGGGCAUGAGGGCGAUGUCAGCGCCCGCCUGGAGCAGCACACGGAUGGUUGUCUUGACGUGGGGGAUCCGGAAGGUGAGGCGGUCCCUCACGGCCUGCCCCGUGUUGCCUUCCUGCAGCUGUUGGAUGUCCUCAUCGAGCCGUUCGGCAGCGACGGUGAGGGGUGUGUAGGUGGGGUCAUUCGGGGUCCCUCUGUUGAUGUCGGCAGCGGUGAGACGCCGACACAGAGAGGCAGCGACACGGUGGGAGCCGCAGCUGCAGAGUGCCGCCAAGUGCAAUGGCGUGCGUCCACCCAAUAUGUCCACGGCCGUGAUGUCGGCCCCGUUGGCCACCAGCAGGUCGAUGUAGCUCUCGAUGAACUGCUGGGACCAAACGGGAGGUCUCAUGGCCGCACUAUGCAGCAGAUUCAUGCCACCCAGGUCCCGCUCGGUUGCGAGUGUGGUGUCACGCUGGAUGAGCUGCCGGUAGAAGGACAGCAGGAUGGCCUCGUGAGCCUCAGUCGGCUGGUCCGUCGGCAAUGUGCGCACCUGCAUCGCCGCCUCCCGCCCGCGCAGCUGGAUGCCUGGAACAGGCAGACAGAAAGACAGACAGACAUCAUGAUGUGUGUUCCGUGUCGUGAGUGGUGUAAAUGGGUGUGCACCUGGCUGGCCCAUCAGCAGGUCAAAGGCGGCCCGGUUGCACGACGCGAGGGCCACCCGGAUGGGCCUAGACAAAUGGCUACCGCCAUUGAUGUCCGCCCCUCUCUGGAUGAGAGCCCGCAUGACGGCGAGCUGGAGUGCUGGCGUCUCCCACGUGGGCAUGGCGACGGGAGAGUAGUCACCGCCGUCGCCUGCCCAGAUGGACGGCAGACGGUUGUCCGUGAGAUUGUCGAUGCACAGCGCCACCAGCGGAUAAGCUUCAUAGCGACCCGUGGUGCCCGCCACCCGCAGCAGUGGCUCCACGUUGAGGUCGGCUCCCUUCUGCUGAAUCAGCUGCGUCACCUGCUGUGCGUCGGUGAUGGUGCGGCGAAUGAUGGAUUCGGACAGCUGUCUGCUGGCGUAACUGGUGCCAAGAGGGAAGCGGACGUCGAUCUCGCCGCUCUCCAAGCUAUUCCAGCCAGAUGGUAACGGCGCACCUGGUGGGACAGCGUCCACAGAGGAGGGUGGCAUGUGUGUUGGUGGUGGGUGAUUUUCUGACCUACCUCCGGUCUGUCGGCCCUGACCGCUGCCCUGCUGCCCAUCGGAUCCGUCACCACCGACACCAGCACCGACAGCACGAUCCCCACCAGCACUACUUACGCCCCCUCCGAGGCGGGACAGGGGCGGCGGGCGAUGCGCAUGGCCGCUCAGCGUCAGACCAGUGGAUGGAAGGACACCAACACCAGCAGCAGGAUGGGGAGCGGGGGGACGCUGCACACACCAUCCACAACACAACACAAUCCACAACACAACCAUGCCAUCAUCGUGUUCUGGUGCUGACUGAGGGGCAGAGGAGGCAUGCAAUCACCUGUGGCUGCUGGGCAUUUGGCAGGUUGGCGGCGAGCGGGUGCGCCUGGCCUUCUCCCCUGGCCCUCUUCGGCUCCUCACGCUCCAGAGGAAAGCCGGCACGCUUCACAACACCUACACCUACACCUUCACACACAUACACACACGACCCAGGCAAUGAUGACGUGCUGCGUCAGGCUGGCUGUGGUGCAUUCAUUGACUACCUGUAUAGCUGGAUGGCGAUGCUGCUGCUUGUGGCCCAUCCACCGCCCCUGCCUCGAGAUAGAUGGCCUACCGUUUGCCGCGGCGGGACAACCGAUGACACACACACGUACCGGAGAGUGGGUGAAGGUGUCUGUCUGUCUGUCGCGGUCGGUGCUCUUGUUUGUUGGCGUACCGGCGAUGGAAUGCGAGAGGGCUCUGUCAUGGAGGCGUUGUUCCUCUGCCUCACGACGACAUUGCUCACCGCUCCACCGCCCGCACGACCCUCCUGGCGCUCCUCCAGGUCCACUGGCCGCCGCACGUCACCGCCGCCAUGUUGCCCUGCACGCUCUAAAUCGUCUGCAGAGAUGGUGAUACACACACACACAACGAUGCUGUGUGUGUGAUGUGGUGCAUUUGUCUGAGUUGAGUGUACCUUCAUCGCCAUCGCCACCAUCCGCCGGGCCAGCAGGGGCCAUGUCGGUGUCGGGACGACCAGACGACAUCGCUUUCAAUCACACAGACAGACCUACAGCUGCACCAUGGACAACACUCACACACAGAGAUGGGCGGGCACCUGGUGUGUGUGUUGUGUGCAUCAGUGCUUGCCUAUCAAAAGUAUGAGUCCACGGCCAGUCGCCCAGACACACUCGAUGAAUCAGCCCGCCCGUCGACAAGGCAGACCUGAAGACCAUCAACACACACAGACAGCAAACAGCUCAUCGGUGUGUUUGUGAGUGAGCCAAUCGCCGCAUCUUGCCGCUUACUGUCGGACGAGGUGAUCCGCCGGCAGUAGGGCCACUGACACUCAAUAUACUCGAGUUGGACGCUGAUGGAUCAGGCACCACGAGAAACGUCUGAUCUUGGGCCGAGCGGCGGACAGAUGGACUCGUCUCCUCAUCCGGUCCUCACUGCGCCUCCACUGGCUCACUGAGAGGAUCUCUUAAACACAAAGUCGUC